AUGGAGGUGAAACUAACGAGAUUAUUUGGUUUUGAGGUGAUUUCUGACACCGUGGGUGAGAAAAGGCUCAAGGGUUUUGAAGAUGGGGAUCGCAGUGUAGAGUCAUUUGGUGAAGAAAACGGAAUUGGAAAGUCCUUGGAUAAAGCUUCAUAUGAAAUGGACAAAACUGCAAAAGAGAAAAUUUCAAGGCAUGAACUGGAGCAUAAGAAGUAUGAAUGUCAGUUUUGCCCGAAGGAAUUUAGGAACCCACAAGCAUUUGGGGGCCACCAGAAUGCCCGCAAGAAGGAGAGGCUAAAAAGGAGAAGAAUGCAGCUUCAAGAAAAGAGCAAUUCCUGUAACUUUUACCUUGAUCCUUCCCAAGCUCAAAACAAUCCUGUUUACCGUAAUUCUCUUCCAUGGUUUGAUGCUUCCUCUUCUUAUGUGCCGGACUUCAUGCUUAAUGGGGAGUCUUUUAUUAGCUUCAACCUCUCACAUCAGAGUCAAAGCCUUUGCUAUCAUACAUCCUAUGUGUCCAAUCUAUUGCAUGUCCUUCAAAUCUGCAAACAGGACACCUCUAACAGAUCAUUGUUGUCUGGCCUUCUCCUUCAUAUAUUUCCAAGGACUGCCAUUAGGGCUCCCAAAAACACUGAUACCUGA